GGGCAUCGAGGUGCGAGACUCGGUGUGCGGUACCCUGCGGUGCCGCCGGCGGCGCCAGGGUGUUGCGGAGCCGACAGGUGGCCGCUCCCUUCCCAACGGCGUUCCAGUGGCUGCAGGACGCGGCGAGGGGGUCGACCCUGCCCGUCCCUAGAGGAGGAGGGGACGAGGAGGAGGAGGAGGACGGGCGAGCAGUCCGCCCCCGUCCUGAAUAAUGUGGUCGAGGCGGCAAUGUCCUGUGAAAUUAGCAGGGCUCUUUUUGGCAUCCUUGGCUGCUUGGUACUUGGGAUACUUAUUCGCUGGUCAUAUACCCAAAGACAUGAUAACAUUUUCUGUUGCUAAUCUUCAAGACAUUGGAAACAAACCAGUGUUGAGGCCCCCAGUCCCCAAAAGGCAGAAGUGUGAUCACUGGUCUCCUUGCUCCCCUGGGAGCUACUCCUAUCGAAUUCUUAGCGGUGGUGGCAAAGCAAAGCUGGCUAAAAUUUGUUUUGAGGAUGAUCUGCUCAUAAGCAAAGAGAAGGGUAAUGUUGGAAGAGGUAUAAACAUUGCCAUUGUUAACUAUCGAACAGGAAAAGUUAUAUCGGCACAUUUUUUUGACAUGUGGGAAGGAGACCACUCGGGAGAGAUGAUGACUUUCAUUAAAAAUGCACCAGAAGGAUCCCUCCUUCUGAUGGUGACUCAGGACGAAGGAAGCACCCGGUUGAAAAACGAUGCCAAAAAAUUAGUAGAAGAGCUGGGAAGUAAACAAAUAUGGAAUAUAAAGUUCAGGUCAAGCUGGGCUUUUAUUGCUGCCAAAGGCUUCAAGCUGCCAGAUGAUAUCCAAAAAGAAAAGAUAAUCCACUCUGACAAGAACAACAGAUACAGUGGCUGGCCAGCUGAAAUCCAAAUAGAAGGCUGUAUCCCAAGAAACCUGAUCUAAACAAAUGCAUACCUCAUUAAUAAAGAUGUCUUUAUAUUUUUUAUAUAUCUAUUACUCUAGCAAAUUGCCUCCAGAACCCAAUCAGCAUCUGAACACUAAUGGUAAAAGAAGCCAUAUGCGCAGUUUUUAACCUUCUCUUCCUCUGUGAGGUUUUACUCCAAUCUGGAAACAAAUAGGUAUUUUGAUGACAAGUGGAAAUAAAAUACUCUGUUUUGGAA